GGGUUGGGUCGGAAAAGCUGCCUCACAGGCGCGCCCGCCAGCCCCUCCCCGCCCCAGCCUGUCUUCCAGUCUCCGUUGCGCCCUCCCGGAGGCAGCGGUCUUUGCUGCCCCGCCAUGUCUCAGCCGGCCCAGAAGCCCGCUGCCUCCCCGCGGCCCCGGCGAGCCGCAGCAGCCCGCCACACCCAAGAGCAUGGCCAUGAAAAAAACAGUGGAUCUCCUUCCAGAUCAGGAGAAAAGAAAGGAGAAGAUCAGAAAAAAGCAACAAGCCAUGGGAGCAGUCAGCCCUCCAGAACCCAUGCUGGUGGAACAGCCCCGGCAGCCAAGGUGUCUACUUCCUCUGCAUCAACCAGCAAGUCUUCCAGCAUGAAUCCCACUGAAGCCAAGGCCAUUCCAGUCAGCAAAGAGGUGAAAGGACUGCAUCCUCCUAAUAGGAAAAGACACAAAAGACAGGCUGUAAAAACAGAACCUGAGAAGUUACAAUCAACUAAGCCACCUGUGAUUCAUGAGAAACAACCUCCAGAAGUAAAGCCAAAGGAACACACAGAGCCCAAAAGCCUACCAAAACAUGCAUCAGAUACAGAAAGCAAGCAUGCACACAAACAAAAAGCAGUUUCCAGAUCAAGUGAGCAGCCAACACCAGAGAACUCAACCAAAGCAACGACUAAAUCAGUGGACACUAUUUCCGCUGGUGGAAAGAGUGCUGUUGCCAAAGUAGCUGCGGCAUCUGGCGAGUCAGAUGACAAGAAAAAAGAAAAUAAGUCAUUAACGUCGGCAGUACCAGUUGAGUCCAAACCGGAUAAAUCGUCUGGAAAGUCAGGCAUGGAUGCUGCUUUGGAUGACUUAAUAGAUACUUUAGGAGAACCUGAAGAAACUGAACAAGAUAAUACAACUUAUACUGGACCUGAAGUUUCGGAUCCUAUGACUUCUACCUACAUAGAAGAAUUGGGUAAAAGAGAAGUCACAAUUCCUCCAAAAUACAGGGAGCUUCUGAAUAAAAAAGAAGGAGUCACAGGGCCUCCUCCAGACCCUUCGAAACCCGCGGGGCCCGAUGAAGCCAUCGAUGCCUUGUCAUCGGACUUCACCUGCAGCUCUCCUGCCCCAGAGGGAAAGAAAACUGAGAAGAAAUCUACGGGAGAAGUGUUAAAAGCUGAGUCAGCCAGGGUAAUCAAAAGUGCUGUUCCACCCCUUGAGAAAAAAAGAAAGGUGGAGGAGGACACAAUGAGCGACCAAGCCCUGGAGGCUCUUUCCGAAUCGCUGGGCCACCGGAAGUCCGAGCCUGAGCUCGACCUCAGCUCCAUUAAGGAAGUCGACGAGGCAAAAGCCAAAGAAGAGAAACUAAAGAAGUGUGGUGAAGAUGACGAAACAGUCCCAUCAGAGUACAGAUUAAAACCUGCCACGGAUAAAGAUGGAAAACCACUACUGCCAGAGCCUGAAGAAAAAUCGAAGCCCUUGAGUGAAUCCGAACUCAUUGAUGAGCUGUCAGAAGAUUUUGACCAGGCCAAAUGUAAAGAAAAACAAUCCAAGCCAACUGAAAAAACAGAAGACUCUCGGGCGGCUGCCCCGGCUCCCGAGGCAGAGGCAGUGCCUCGGGCCUCCAUGUGUAGCAUACAGGUAGCACCUCCCAAGCCGGCGCCUUCGGGCACGGUGCCGGACGAUGCUGUGGAAGCCUUGGCUGGUAGCCUGGGGAAACGGGAAGCAGAUCCAGAAGAGGGAAAGCCUGUGGAGGACAAAGUCAAGGAGAAGGCCAAAGAAGAGGAUCGUGAAAAGCUUGGUGAAAAAGAAGAAACAAUCCCUCCUGACUAUAGAUUAGAAGAGGUCAAGGACAAAGAUGGAAAACCACUCCUGCCAAAAGAGUCCAAGGAAUCACUUCCACCCUUGGAUGAAGCCUUCCUUCUCGAUGCCUUGUCUGAGGACUUCACCGGACCCCCAAACACUGCACCACUUCCAUUUGAACAUGGUAAACUUUCAGCUGCCGUCUCCGAACUGGUUUCCCAAACCCCAGCUCCAGCCACCCAAUCUGCAGGCCCACCCCCUGACACUUCGAAUGACAAAGAAAUUGACGACGCCCUUGAUGAACUUGCUGACCGUCUAGGACACAGGCAGCCUGAUCCAGAUGAGGGCAAACCACUAAAGGAUAAAGUCAAGGAAAAAGUUAAAGCUGAACACAGAAACAAGCUGGGAGAGAGAGAUGACACCAUCCCCCCUGAAUACAGACAUCUCUUGGAUAAAGAUAAGGGCAAACCAGUGGCGCCCCCAACAGAGAAACCCAAGGAAUCAAAGAAACCUGAGGAUGGCCAAGACCCCAUCGAUGCUCUGUCAGGGGAUUUAGACAGCUGUCCUCCAACUACAGAAACCUCCGAGAACACAGCAAAGGACAAAAAGGAAAAGACUGCUUCCACCUCCAAAGCACCCAAGAAUAAGGGGAAAGCAAAGAAUUCUGCAAAGGCAAAGGAAGAAACCUCCAAGCCAAAAGCUGAUAAAGAAAAUACGAGUUAAAGUUCCCACUAUUUGGUAUCUACAUAUAAAAUCUUCAGCUGGUGAAUGGUGACUUCUGAAGAACAAAAGGCUUUGACAAUGAAUUUUUUCUGGGUGACUUCUAGACAAUGGAAUUUGUUGAGGUUUUUUGUUGUUGGGGUUUUUUUUUGACAUCCUAAAUAUCGGUUUCUUAUUCCUUUCCCAGAAAGAAAUUGAAUGUCUGGUUCAUAUGUGUUAUUGUAUGGAGCAUUGAUAAACUUUGAAUUUUUAAAAAUUGCCUUGAGUUGGGAGAGAAAGGAACUUUAUAUUUCUAAGAGAUAUAUUUGAUAGUUUCUUAAAGCAACAGACACCCCCCAAAAGGAAAAACCUUUGCAAACUUUGCACAUUUUACACACAGUGCCUGUAAAUCUCAGUAUUUUUGGUUUGCACAUAAUUUUUUGUUGCUGUUGUUAGCAUUUAGAAAACAACAACUUAAACAUUCUUUGGUGUUCUGAUUCCUCAUUGCCCCUUUUCUCUUGGGCUUUUGAACUGUAUUUGACGUUUCUUUGGAUUAAUGUUUAUAAGUCUGAUAUAAAAAAUUGUGCAUUGAACACAUAUCUCCUCUUGGGCUGCUAAUGAUAAAUUAAUAGGUAAUUUAUCAUUACCUAUUAAUGGGCAGACCAGGAAGCACCACACUCCUUUUCAGGUUAAACUCUUCUUUGCCAGAGGUUAGGGUUUCUGCACCUUAUAGCCAACACAAAACAUGCUGAGACUUGAAUCAAGUCAAGAGCAAGAUAUAGACUAUAUGUCACUGCAUAGCACGUUCCAAGAAUAAUAAAGUCUACUUCUUAGAUUAUUCAUAUGGCUUGAACUCGGUUGGUUUACUGUUAAGCUGUGCCUUCCUCUCACUCUAUAUACAACCUUAGCAGCAAUUGUUUGCUAGGGCAAUUGCAACUCGAGUCUUUGCACUGUAUAGCCUUUGGCUUUAUGGAAGUUAGGUUUACCAAAUACAAAGCUGAACUUCUGCUUAAAAAAAUAAAUCUGGAAUUUAAAAAUUUGCUUCCUGGCCCAAAAGCAACUUAAGAACUAGGCUCUGAUGUCCUACAUCUCUGAGUGGUUUCUUAAAUAUUUCGGAAUGAAUUGUUUAUGAACAUCACACUGAUGUCAUUGAUGAGAUUUUGAUAAAUAUUUAAUUUGAUCUUCUCAAUAGUGAAUGCAGGAAAAGAUAUCAGGUACAUAUCAUAAACUGAUUUGGAAUUUCUUUUUUCAGAGAGCACAGCCUUCCUUAGCAUCUCUUUAGAGGUUUUAUUUAUUAGGGCUUAGCUGACUUUACUAAAUAUAAUAUCGGAAAUACUGUUUAAUGUGGGGGAGGGACAAGCAAAAAUAAUACUGCUUAUAAUGGUCAUCAGAUUUUGUUAAUACUUUCUACAAAUCCUCUUUAAAAAUCAUGCAGAGACCUACAGGAUUUCAGACUUCACCCACAUUAAGUGCUGUGCUGUCCCACCAGAGAUGAGGCAUUUUUCUAUUAUUCUAAGUCUGGGACAUCCAAGCCAGUGCUAUGGUGACUAGACAGACCCUUUUGAGCACUGACAAGAAAACAAAACAAAACACACAUUUCCUGUGGAAUUUUAAUUAUGUAUCUAAUUCUUCCAUUUGGGUAGUGUGAAGUGA